AAGAGGGGGAACGGGGCGGGCACCCCCAGCCGGACCCCCGGCCCAGAACACUCCCACGAGGCCAGGAGAGACCGUAAGUUGUCGGGGAGGCGGAGGAGACAGAGGCCAGCCCGUCCUGGAGCAGCCGGACUUGGGCAGUGACUGCCCGACUGAUACAGGCAGCGGGGGGCGGCACCCCAAAAAGGCUGGGGGGGACAGGACCGUCCUUCUGCGGCGACAUGGCGGGGACCCUGAGCUCUGUCCCCCGCCAGGCCUCAGGGCACAGUGGAGGUGGGAGGACGGUGCGAGCACAGCAUGACCAAGGGUCCCUCUACCCCAGCCCCCGGGGUGUCCGCGGGAAGCCCCCCCAGCUGGGGGCACCCACCACCCUGCUGCCCUCUGUUCCCCAAAGGAGCCCUGGAGAAGAGCGGGAGGGCCCCGUGCAGGGCAGAGAGACGCGCCUGAGAGUGGUGCUAAGGGUCCGGCCACUGACCUGCACAGAGACGCGGCGAGGUGACCGGCAGGUUGUGCACAGCCUCGGUGACGGCGCCGUCCACGUAAGCGCGGCCAGGCACGAUGCCACCUUUGGCUUCAGCGCCGUGUUCGAUGCCGGCGCCUCGCAGGAGGCUGUGUUCGAAGGCAGCGGGAUGAGGCAGCUGGUGGAGCUGGCCAUAGACGGCUUCUCCUGCACCGUCUUUGCCUUCGGGCAGACCGGCUCGGGGAAGACCUACACCCUGAUGGGACCCCUCGCCCAGAGCGAGACCCAGCCGGCAGCCCCGGCCCUGCUGGGGCUGAUGCAGAGGUCCUUCACCUGCCUCCUGGAGCAGAGCCGGAGCCGUGGCUCUGCCCUGGCUCUCAGUGCUUCCUACCUGGAGAUCUACAACGAACAGGUCCGGGACCUGCUGAGCCCGGGGCCACCGUGUGCCCUGCCGCUGCGGUGGAGCAAAACCCGCGGCUUCUAUGUGGAGAACCAGCUCAGUGUGGAAUUCGAGAGCCUGGAGACCAUCGUCAGCCUACUCCUGCAAGGAUCCCAGAGGCGCCGGACCUCGGCACAUGCCCUCAACAGGCACUCGAGCCGCAGCCACGCCCUUCUGACCAUCCACAUCCACAGCCGAGCCGCCAGCGCCUGCCCCAGCAAGCAGGGCACGCUGUGCUUCGUGGACCUGGCUGGCAGCGAGCGGGUGAAGGAGACCGGCUCCAGCGGGGAGCUCUCCGUGGAGGCCAACAGCAUCAACCGCAGCCUCCUGGCGCUGGGACACUGCAUCUCCCUGUUGGCCAAACCCCGAGGGAAGAGAACGCACAUCCCCUACCGGGACAGCAAGCUCACCCGGCUGCUGGCCCGCUCCCUGGGCGGCUCGGGCAUCACCCUGAUGGUCGCCUGCAUCUCCCCGUCCUCACGAUGCCUCUCAGAGACACUGAGCACGCUGCAUUACGCCAGCCGUGCCCGGAGGGUCACCACCAGACCCUUGGCCAACAGGGUGUCCCGGGAGAAGCUGCUGCAAACCUUGGAGCAAGAAAUCCAUGCCCUGCAGCUGGAAAACCUCUCCCUGCGCCAGCAGCUGUGCCUGCCCAGGGUGCCAGUGGGGAGCACAGAGGUCCCAGGGAACCCUCCAAAAGCAUGGUCGGGCUUGGGAGGCAGGUAUGGCCCCGCAGGGCAGCUCCCACCCGAGGGAACCCCAGCCUGGCCCAGCCUCUACGGUCUCCUGCGGGACUUCGUGGUGGAGAACGAGCAGAUGAGGCAGCCCCGUCUGUCCCUAGAGCCCAGUGGUGACAUCCCAGUUGGCCCAUCCCACAGAGCCACCCGCGGCUCCUGUGACAGCCAGCCCCUGCUCCGGAGUGCCCGCACCCCCCAUGUCCACCCUGGCCACUCAGUGAGGCACCGGCGGCCCGACACGACACCCACCUCUGUCCCCCAGCUGCCGAAGCUCCCUCCUGCCUCCAGCCAUCCCAGCUGCCCAGGGUGCCCACAGUGCUGCCCCAGGCCAGCUGAUGUCACCAUGUCCCAGGUGCUGCCAGUGCUCCCCAUGCCACAGCCAGUCCCCCCCGAGGGAAGUGCUGGUGUUCUGCCACCCGGACAGGAGGACAUGGCUCUGGCCGGCUCCCAUCAGUCCCACAGGCACUCCCAGCUGCACCAGAGGAAGCGGAGUCGUGACAGGAGCAGGAGCUUGUCUCAGCAGCACCUGCUCCACCGGGAGCUGCCAGGCCCUGAGCGCGUUCCCAGCCCCGAGGGGAGGGUCAUCCCUUCGGCACCGCCGUGGCCAGGAUUGCCAGAGCUUAGAGCUGCCGGCACUGUCCCUCUCCUCCAGUGGGAAGAGGCACUGGACUGGCUGGCGGAGCAGAUCUGAGCUGCCACAGGCACACCAUGGAUGGGGCCAGCAUCGGGGAUAUGGCACAGACUGGGGGGACAACCACAGCCCUCGGGGACACGGGAUCUUGGACUGCAAGGACUGCGCAAACCAUGGAACAGACAGUUGGAUGGACGGAGAAACAGAGCUCUCCAGCCUGCAUGGCUCUCACAGUUUAUUUCUGUCUAGCUGAGGCUGUGCUGCUGGUGGCUCUGGGGAUCCCAUCAGGUGCUCUCCUCCCCGGGCUGGGGGCAGUCCAGCCAGUACUGGGCGAUGGAGCGGGGAUAGCGUGGCCGCGCCAGGUCCACGCGCUUGGUGCGCAGGUUGACACGGUAGUACUUGUCUGGGGGAAAGGGGACAUGGCUGCCAGGACUGUCCUCAGCUCUGGGGAGCUGCCAGCACCUUCCCACUGCAUCCCAGAGCUCGGGGACAUUGCAGAGAGAGAGGAGCCCUCCCCAUGCCCCGGCAGCCCUGGUCCCGCAUCAUUCCUGGCUCCUGCUGGGCCAGACUCACCUCCGACAAAGAAGUAGACACUCUGGACCAUCUCACAUGUGGAGCCCGACAGCCCAUCGCUUUCAACACCUGCUGAGUCGGGGUCAUUUUGCAGCCAGCUCCAGAAUCCCAAAUUCAGUGACCGGUGGUGGUUGUAUCUCUUGCGCUGGCGGCGAGACUUCCUCCUGCGGGGCUGCUGGGAGGCCACGUAGAGCCGGCCGGCCAUGGCAGCGUCCAGCCGGCCGGGCACCCCCCGCCAGUCCCGGCUGAUGUACCACGGGCCGUUCGCCCCAGCUGGAAAAGGAGCAGAGGGCGAGUGAGAGGGGCAGCAGUGUGUGGGGUGAGCUGAGCCGCCAGCACCUGCUCUGAGACCCACAGGAAUGCUCCAAAGGAUCCCAGCCUGGAUGGGAUGUGUGACAGUGACACAGGCCAGGCAGAGCCAAGAGCAGCCCUCCACCCCACUUUUGGCUGGGAUCAGCUUUGUGCUGCUGAGCCCCCCUUCUCCUCCUCUCCAUCUUUCAUUCCCCUUGCCCAGGGCUGGGGUUUUCCUGUGGCAUCUCCAGCUGCAGUGAUAAUAAACAGUCCCCAGCAGUGACA